AUGAAUUCUGCUAAUGAUGCCAUAUUUUAUGGCGAUAACAAUUCAGUACACCACAACAACAUAUGCGAAAAUGCUCCUGAGAAGGUCAUAAAAAAUGGGAACACAUCAAACGAUUAUAUAAUGAGCAAUGAUGGUAUAAAUGAAGGAGUUUAUUUUUCUGUGGAGCGUGGAGAAAAUGGAACUGCGAAUGCGACACAUGUGCAUGCACCAUUUCAUCAGCACAUGACUCACAACCAACAGGUAAUAGCAACCCGUGGGGAGAGAAGAAUAAAAGAGUAUAGCAAAUCGGAACGUGAUAAAUACGAGAAAAUAGAAGAAAUAGAAAGAUAUCUGAAUAUUAACAACGCAACGAACGUAUGUUCCUUGAGAAUAAAAUUAUGGGAAGCCCUAAUGUUAUAUGUGAACAAUAUAAAUGCAGAACUGAUCUAUUUUAUUAUAAACUGUUUAAUGGAAGUAGAAGUUUACUGGGGAGAAGAAGCAACGAAUAAUUUACAAGAUAUUUUAAAUUUAAUUAAUGAUAAAAAAUAUAAAGAAGUUUCGAAUAAAAUUGGAGAAACAUUAUCGAGUUUAUCAGUAACAACUGGAAAAGGAACAGAAGAAAAUCCAUUUUUUUACACAUUAAUAGUUUCCUCUAGGAGAGAUGAAAAUAGUAAUAAUUAUAACUCAGAUUUAGCAUGUGAAUUAAAUAAAAUAUUACAGUAUGAACAAAAUAGAUUAUCAAAUCAAAACAAUAACAAAAAAUUAGAAUAUAAAAUUAUUGAGGUAAGUAAUGCGAAAGAGGCCUUAUUAGCUUGCUUAAUAAAUUCACAAAUAUUAUCGGUUGUUCUGGUUGAUAAUUUAACUACUGAUGAAGAAUACAAAAGGGAAAAAAUUGAAUUUUACAAUUUUAAUGAGGAAAAUUCAAUUAGUAACAAAUGUGGAAACCCGUCUCACAUGCUAAAUUGCUCUAUGGUAAAUAAUAAUAGUCAAAUGAAGGGCCCCUUGACACAUAACAUGCAUAAUUCCUCACCCUUCAGCAGUAAAGAUGCCAUGAGGAAUAUGAUUCUCUCGAAUUAUCUAAUCAAUAACGGUAAUAAUAGCAGUAUUGCUAAUAAUAACCACAACAACAGCAGCAGUACAAAUAUGAAUGAACAUAAAAAAGGAAAUAAUUUUUUUUUAAAAGAUUACAAAUUUGAUAUAGGAAAUUUCGUUUUGGGAUAUGAACAACUAGUGGCUGCACCAUUAGAAAAAAUGAAGAAAGGGUUCAAUAGCUUAGUCAUAUUAAUUAAAAGUAUUGCAUAUAUUAGAAGUUCUGUUGAUAUUUUUUGUGUUUGUACAUCUAUCACGUUGGAUAAAUUACAAUCGGUUAAUAAUAAAAUAAUUCGUAUAUUUACAACACAUGAUGAUCAUAGCGAUUUACAUGAAUCUAUCCUCGAUGGAGUAAAAAAAAAAAUAAAAACUCCAUUUUUCAAUGCCUUAAAAGCAUAUGCUGAAAGACCCAUUGGUGUAUUUCAUGCUUUGGCUAUUAGCAAAGGGAAUAGUGUAAGAAGAAGCAGAUGGAUACAAUCACUUCUCGAUUUUUAUGGUGUAAAUUUGUUCAAAGCUGAAUCUAGUGCUACGUGUGGAGGAUUAGAUUCUCUUUUGGAUCCACAUGGUUCACUGAAAGAAGCACAAAUAAUGGCUGCAAGAGCAUAUGGUAGUAAGUACUGUUUUUUUGUUACUAAUGGAACAUCAAGUUCAAAUAAAAUAGUUAUGCAAGCAUUGGUAAAACCUGGUGAUGUGAUAUUAGUGGAUAGAGCAUGUCACAAGUCACAUCAUUAUGGAUUUGUUUUAUGUCAAGCUUUACCAUGUUAUUUAGAUCCAUACCCUGUGUCUAGAUAUGGAAUAUAUGGUGCAGUACCGAUAUACGUAAUUAAAAAGACGUUAUUAGAAUAUCGAAAUAGCAACAAAUUACACUUAGUUAAAUUAAUAAUUUUAACAAAUUGUACUUUUGAUGGAAUUGUAUACAAUGUCAAAAGAGUAAUAGAAGAAUGCUUGGCUAUAAAACCUGACUUGAUUUUCUUAUUCGAUGAAGCAUGGUUUGCUUAUGCAUGUUUUCAUCCCAUACUAAAAUUCAGAACAGCUAUGGCAGUUGCUGAUAAAAUGAGAAACAAAGAACAGAAAAAAAUUUACUACAAAGUUCAUAAGAAGUUGUUAAAAAAAUUUGGGAAUGUGAAAAGCUUAGACGUAGUUCCAGCAGAAAAAUUACUUAAAACUAGGUUAUAUCCCAAUCCCUCUGAAUACAAAGUGAGGGUUUAUGCUACACAAUCAAUUCACAAAUCUCUCACAUCUCUGAGGCAAGGAAGUGUUAUACUUAUAAGUGAUGAUAAUUUUGAAUCUCAUGCUUAUACACCGUUUAAGGAAGCUUACUACACCCAUAUGUCAACAUCUCCAAAUUAUCAAAUUCUAGCAACGUUAGAUGCAGGAAGAGCUCAAAUGGAAUUAGAAGGAUAUAGUUUAGUUGAGAAACAAGUAGAAGCAGCUUUUUUGAUUAGAAAGGAAUUAAGUGAAGAUCCUAUGAUUUCAAGAUAUUUUAGAAUUUUAAAUGCUGAGGAUUUAAUACCAGAUAGAUUGAGACAAUGCCAUAAUUUAUAUAUGAAAAGGAAAAAAAAGUUUUUGAAAGAGCAUUAUUCCUCAGAUUCAAAAUAUAGUGGCAACAUGACAUAUUCUUGUACGUCUAAAAAUCAAGGAAAAACUAGCAUCACAGAAUAUCCUCCCCCACAUGAGAAGAGAAGUGUAAUUAAAUAUGAGGAUCCAAUUCAGAGUAGUAACAUCUCUUCUCAUGAAUGUGCAAAUGAUGUAAAUGGAUGUACAAAUCAUUUUUCUCAUAAUUCUUUUGUACUAGGAGAUUCUCCAAAUAACACUAUCCUAUCAUCAAAUGGAAAUAAUAACAGUAUGGCGGAAACUUGUGCCGUUAAUUACAGAGGACAUAACUAUGGCCCAUACUAUGCACACCAUGGAAAAUUGGAGAAGGGUAUAGAUGCAGCUGAGAAAAGUAGCUAUAGUAAGGUUUACAGUGAGUGUUGUUUCCAAAGGAAGGGUAUCAAAUUAUACAAACGAAAAGACGGAAGAAAUAGCCGGAUGGGUAGAGAUGAGCGAAGUGGUAUUAGCACACGAACUGGUAAAGAGGAGAACUCAGAAACACAAGAAGGCAGCAAUAAUGAGAGUAUAUUGAACAGCGAUGAAAAUGAAAAUGUAAAUUUUUUUUUACAUAAGAAUAAAAAAAAUUAUAGCAGUUCAUCAUUUUCAACAGGUGUGAAAAAUUUUUUAGAAUAUUUUGAAUGCUCAUGGUUGAGUGAAGAUGAAUUUGUGUUAGACCCUACAAGGAUUACAUUAUUUACUGGAUAUUCUGGAAUAGACGGAGAUACAUUUAAAGUAAAGUGGUUGAUGGAUAAAUAUGGAAUACAGAUAAAUAAGACAUCUAUUAAUAGUGUCUUAUUUCAAACGAAUAUAGGAACAACCGGUUCAUCGUGCUUAUUUUUAAAAAGUUGUUUAUCAUUAAUAUCUCAAGAACUGGAUCAGAAGAAGAGUUUAUUUAAUGAAAGAGAUUUAAAUCAGUUUAAUGAUAAUGUGUACAAUUUAGUAUCAAAUUAUAUUGAUUUAUCUGAGUUUAGUGAAUUUCAUCCAUUAUUCAAAAAAAGAUAUGUUGAUUCGAGAAUAUUUAAUAAGGAAGGGGAUUUGCGAAUGGCUUUUUACUUAGCUUAUGAAGAAGAUUAUGUAGAAUAUAUUUUAAUGAAUGAUUUGAAAGAUCGAAUUAGAAACCAUGAAAUUAUUGUAUCAGCAAGUUUUAUCAUUCCAUAUCCUCCUGGUUUCCCUGUUUUAGUACCAGGACAGUUAGUAAGCCAAGAAAUAGUUGAUUACCUUUCAGGUCUAAGUGUUAAAGAAAUACACGGUUAUGAUGAAAAUGUUGGUUUUAGAUGCUUCUACAAUUUUAUAUUAGAGUAUUUUUACAAUCUUGUAACUUCAGAUCCGUAUGGGUAUUAUCAUAAAAUAGACAAGAAAAUUUACGAUAAAAUGAAGCACCUUAAUUUGAGUAAAAGAAGAAAUACCUACAACAGUGCAUACCAUUUGUACAUCUAUGAUAAUGAAACAAACAAAAUGAAAAAAGUAUAUGUAUGCAUUGGAAAUCUUUCUACUGAGAAUAAUACAGCCGUUAGUGACACAUACGAGGAUGUUACGCAGUUUAACAAUUUGAGAACUGAUAAACCCAAGGGUACUAAUCAUUUCAUUGGUGCGUAUGAAAAUAUGAAGAACAAUUCUCAGUCUGUCAUCCCUACCAUUCCAACCAUUACGAACAUAUACACAAUGAAUGAAAGUGGUGGAAAAGGUACUAAUGGCAGUGCAAAAUACAUCAAUGAACGUAUCGUCAUAAGGGACACUGAUUGUAUGUCUAAUAGCGGAUGUGUUAGCAACUGUACAAAAAGAGAAAGCAGAGAAGGGGAACUGCAAGAUCUGAGUGGCGAAAAUGUAGGUAUCAACGAUUCUGUUAGUUUGAACAUUAUGGACAAGAGUUUCUCAAAAAGGAAUUUCAUCAAAUGUGGCUCCAAAAAAACACGCACGAAGGAAUUAUUAUACAAUGAGAAGAGACAGCUACACAUGCAUUAUCACAUUUCGAACGAUAUGUUGAAACAAGAUGAGAGGAAUUCUUUUAGGAGAAAUAUAAAAGAAAAUAUCUUAAAUGUACAGGGAGGCAAAGAUCAUUGUUUUGGUGAAAUUGAGAAGAAUUUGGAAAAUUAUCAAUAUCAAGGAGAUGGAUUUUCCCAAGUUUUUUCCAAAUUGAACAAGGAUAAGAAAUGCAAAGGAUGUAAUCAUGGGAAGAUGGAAAAAACCCGUCAAGCGAAAAAUAGGAAUUGCAAGAACCGAAUCGAUUAUAAAACCUGCAAGGUGGAAGAUACAAAUAGUUGCACAAAUGAUGAAUAUAACAAAGACUACAAGCAUAGAGCAGAUAAAAACCACACCAUAAGGAGUGGAAAUAAUAACAUUCUUCAGAAGAGGAAGAAAAAAAUUGGGGGAAAAAAAACAUUGGGGUCUGAUUUAGCAGAUGCGUCUACGGGUAAUGUGGGCAUUCACAGUGUUGAUAAUGGAGCUGAUGAUGGAGAUAGCAACAAUGAUGCUGACAAUGAUGAUGAUGGAGAUUAUGCUGAUAAUGAUGAUGGUGGAGAUAAUGCUGAUAAUGAUGAUGGUGGAGAUAAUGCUGAUAAUGAUGAUGGUGGAGAUAAUGCUGAUAAUGAUGAUGAUGGCUAUGCUGAUAGCGAUGAUGAUGGCUAUGCUGAUAGCGAUGAUGAUGACAUCGUUAAGACUACAUCAAAUGAAGGGCACCAAUACAAUUGUGCAGUGAAGACGAUCAAGGGUAGUAGGAGACCUGAAAAUAAAGUAAAAAAUUUCGGAAAAAUGAACAUGGUAGUAGGAAUAGUAAAUGGACGCUAUAAUGCGAAGAAUAAAGAGGAGAGAAGGGGCACAGAGGAAAAGCCAAAAUAUAAUGACACGGAUGAUAGUAACAGCAUACAGAGUGGUCUAAGCAUAAAAACACACAACAAUGUGAAUUACAUAUCGUAUACCAAUUCCAUGAAGAAGACAACAAAAUGUAAAGGAAAUUACGAUGGGAGAUAUACUAAGAAUAUGUACAAGUUCAUUCCAAAACUUAGGCAAUCGAACCCUGUUAUGUGUAACAAGAUAAAGAAGAGUGGGUUAGUGAUGCAGAGGAAGCGCUUAUCAAAUAUAAACUAUUGGCAUAGACAAGUUAGUUAUAAGGGCAAUAGGGAUGGUUCUGUAUAUAACUCUGAUGCUAGGAGGAAGAACAACAACAACAAAAAAAACGGAAAAAACAAAAACAACAAUAAUGAACUGGAUUGUGCAAGAGAAGGCGAAAAACAGUGGUGUAGAAGAAAUACCGUUGAGAAAAACAUCCCCAUUACAGGCAAUAUUAGCCUUAACACUAAAAGAGAGGAUCUCAUUGAAAAUGUCAGCGCUAACGAGAAUGGAAAUGAGGAAGCACGAAACUGUGUUAAUCGGAGUAAUAUAAUAUUUUUGGAUAAGUGUCUAAAAGGAGAUAUAGUAAAAAGAGGAGGUUCGCAGAGUCGCUCAAAUGGAAAUGAUUCUGUUGAUCAAGGUGGAUAUGAAAAGGUUGAUUACAAUGCUAAUUAUUAUUUCGGGAAAAAUACAAAAAUGAAUGUUGAAGAGGUUUAUAAAAUGAAGGAUUUUAUCAGUCCUAACGAAUCCCAGAGGAAUGAUUUAAGUUCUGAAACCCUUUUGAAAAAUGAGAUAUAUACGAAUAAGAGAGGUAUAGAUAUUGUUAAUGUUCAAAUGGGUGGAAAUAGCUACACAAAGGACACAAUGUCUUCUGAGAUACAUUUUCAUAGGAGCAGUGAAAACAAGAGUUCAGAUGAUAACAUCAGCAAUAGUGGAAGGAGAAGGGGUCUAGGUAUCAUUGUACCUACGCAUUUGAGUGGAAAUCAUGAUCUCAAUAAUGAGAACCUGAACAGUCAGGUAAAAAAUGAAAUAGCUUUUUGUGGAAAUGAGUUUCAUUAUGAUGAAAAUGAGUUGAAAAUGAACUCUGGAGCUAGAGAAAAUAACGAAAUCGAUAAAAACGCCAUAAGGAAACUAAAUUCACUGAAUAACAAUAGCUACAUAAAUAAUCUCAUAACGAAUGUGGAUGAUGAUACCUUUAUUCAUAAAGAGGGAAAUUUUUUCCUUGAGUGUGCCUUAACGAAUUCGGAAAUGAAUGGCAGUUCCUUUGAAAUGGAAAUGUCCCUGAAUAAUGUGUACUAUAAUGGAGGGGAGGGGUCCAAGCAUCCCCCGAGCUACGAUAGAGAAUAG